AUAUAAUCCAAUCUGUACGUAUUACUCCUGUUAAGUCCAACCUAUUGAUGAAGAAAAGAUAGCAAAAGUUGCAAUGGCAUCUUCAUCCUCAUCUCACCAAAAAGUUGCAGAUGAACAUCGAUCAAUGGCAUCUUCAUCCUCAUCUCACCAAAGAAAUGUGGAUCACAGUCACCACGCUUUCUCUGGAAUUGAACCUGACAGCAUAAGGAGGAAAGUCGAGGAAUCUUCAAGAUUGUUUCAUGUGUUCAUCAAUCACAGAGGCCCUGAUGUCAAAAGAACUCUAGCCCUUCAGCUUUACAAGUCUCUUUCUAAGUGAAGAAUUAAGGUAUUUCUUGAUUCAGAAGAGAAAGAACUUGGGCAUUCAUUUCCUUCAACCAUUGAGAAAGCUGUCAACUCUGCUUCUAUUCACAUCGCUAUCUUCUCGAAAGGAUAUGCAAAGUCUCCAUGGUGUUUGGCAGAACUGGUUCUCAUGUUACAGAGUAAAGCAAAGAUUAUUCCAGUGUUUUACGGUGUUCAGCCUUCGGAUCUUCGCUUCAUAGAGAGGGGAAAGUAUGCCAAAGCAUUCGCUAAAUAUGAAAAGAAGAAGAGAUACUUGGAGAAGCUGAAGGAAUGGAAGAAAGCCCUCCAUGUUGUUUCGUUCAUCACAGGCUAUGUAGUCAGCAAAUUCAAGAUCGGUGACUGCCAAGACAUAAUAUCAGCUGUGCAAAAAGAAGUGGAAAGGACAAAAUCUUUACAUGUUGCUAAAUACCCAGUGGGACUUCCCAAGCUCGUGGAAGAUUUUCAAGUGCACUGUCUUGAUGAGCUUGUACAUGAUAUUGAAAGGCAGUGCGAGAUGGAUGGAGGAGGAGAAAGGAAUUCUCAGAUCGUUGGUAUUUAUGGAAUGGGUGGGGUAGGGAAAACAACCCUUUCAAAGGAGAUGUUCAACCGAAAGCGCUCACAAUAUAGUCGAGACUGUUUUCUGUUCGAUGUGAGGGCAGCCUAUGCAAAUAACAAUUUUCCUUCUUUACAAAUGAAACUCCUCAAAGAUCUGUUCCAGGAAGACGGACUAAAUUUUCAGUGUACAGAGGAAGGAAUAACUCAUAUCAAGGAUUGCAUAGGAAGGAGCAAGCAGCUGAGUUUCCUAAUUGUUGUAGAUGAUAUUGAUGAAGCGCAACAGUUAGAUGCUCUACUCAUCAUGGAUAUGCUGAACAAGUCAGUUGAUAGCCUUGUAAUUGUUACAACCCGUGAUGUAGGGAUCCUUAUAAACUCUGGAAUUACAGCUACUUAUCAUCUCAAAGGAAUGCAUAGAGAUGAUGCAAGAAAGCUGUUCUGUUGCCACGCUUUCGGUGAACCCCAUGCAGCUAGCGGUUACGAGAAACUUGUUGAUGCCUUCUUAAAUGUAUGUGGAGACUUACCUCUGUCUCUUCAGGUUAUAGGUAGACACCUUUAUGGCAGAGAUCAGAGUUAUUGGAAAUUAGAAUUGAAUAAGGUUAGCAAGACACUGCCUCGAGACAUACAUCGAAGUCUCAAAAUAAGCUUUGAUGCAUUGGACUUCGAGGCAAAACAAAUUUUCAUGGACAUCGCAUGCUUUUUCAUCAACAAAUCAAAGACUAUUGCCAUGAGAGUAUGGGAGGGUUCGGGAUGGAACUCUCAACAUGCAGUGGAGACAUUAAAGAAUAAGUGUCUUGUUGAAGAACUAGAAGAAGGCUGGACUUUUAAACAUGGUUUGAAAAGACUAGACUGCCACAAUAGGCCUGUAUUGAGAAUGCAUGAUCAUCUGCGAGACUUGGGAAGAGAAAUGGCAAAUGAAGUGGGUCAUCCUCGUCGCCUCUGGCGUCGUCAAGAUCUUGAAUAUCUGGAAUCAUUAGGAUUCAGAGACAUCCUCGCUCAAACCAAAGACAGAUGUUUCCAUUCCUUUCUUGACAGGUCCAUGGAUUCUAAAAUUACAUACUUUCUAGGGGAAUCAGAUGUUAGUGCUGAGAGUUCAACUUCUUUGUUGUGGCUUCAGCUUGAGUAUCAGGGUUUUCAGAAUCAGAAUCAGCUUAAAGUGGAUUUCAAUAUCUUACAGCCAUUCAUUCCUCAAUGGAUUCCACUUAAAAAUUUGCAGUGUUUAAAAAUCAGCAACUUACUUCUGGAAACAUUGUGGCAGAGCAAUGUACAGGUAUUUUGUUCUCCACAAAAAUCUCAUCGGUAA